AUGGCUGGACGCUCCAUGUUCGGGCAGUUGUGCCGUACAGCCAUGUCUCCUUUUGUAGAGAGGAUUGAUACGAUAGUGGGCAUCGCCAGGGAAGAACUCCCGAAUGCAAGAUAUCAUGUCAAGAUGCUGGAGUUCCUGUUCCUUGAAAUGGAAAAGUUUGAAGGUCUGCAUGUGAUGGAGAGUGGAUCUCCAAUGUCAGAGACGUUGCAGAUGUGGAAGUGUGUGGAGGAUACAUUGAAGAGCGGCAGGACAUUGAUCAGAAGGCAUGCUGGAAGAUUGGACCUCAAGGACUUCUACAGGACCUCUGAGGUGAAAAGCAAAGUGGAAGAGAUCUGUAAUGGGCUGCGAAUGGCUGCAGAAGUGCUCACAGAGAAGGGCUACCUGUCACAGGAGAUGGAAACGAUUCGCACAGAGCUGGAUGCGAAGCUGGUCAGCACAGACAGGUCAUACCUGUAUCACUACCUGUCUUAUGUCAUGGAGGGUGCACAGUCUGCUCUCAAGUCAGCGAACGUCGACCCGAAUGGCAGCGCUCAAGCAGAGUGGAAACAGGUGAAGGCUGAGCAUGAUGCCCGUGUGACCAGUUUGCCAAUCAUCACAAAUGAGGGCAGAGACAAGGUGGACCUUGUGGAGCCAAUUGGCAGCAGCAACAGCAGUACUGUUCACAGGGGUCGAUGGCGGAACAUCGACGUUGCAGUCAAGAAAUUCGCGUAUGGCCAAUUCAGCCAGGAGGCAUUGGCCUCAUUCUACACUGAAGUUGAGAUUCAGAGGUCGAUGUCCUAUCCCCAUAUCGUGCGCAUAUAUGCUGUGAGCAAAGAAGGCCUCAUGGUUAUGGAAUUGGCAAAGUACAAUCUGCAUGAGAUGUACGCACAGCAUGCCAACUUGGAAUGGGCCACAAAGGCCAAGAUCCUGUUGGAGGCUGCACGGGGAGUGAAGUUUGUCCACGACCAGGGCAUCGUCCAUCGCGACAUCAAGAGUCUAAACUUCCUUGUGUUCGAUCAAGUCACUGGGGGUUUCAUCGUGAAGAUUGCUGACUUUGGGUUGGCGACAGUCAAGACAGAAACGAGAUCCAGAACAGGGAGGCCACAGCUUGCUGCCUCUGUGUGGGCGGCUCCUGAAGUGUGCAAGGGGAAGAUGCCCAACUUCAGAAGCGACGUCUUCAGCCUGGGCGUGGUGAUGUUUGAGGUGCUGGCGCAGUGCCUGCCAUAUGAAGGGAUUUCUUCGCACGAUUUGCUGCUGGGCCAGAAGCGUAGAGGUGUCGACCCCUGCAAGGUGCCCAGUGACUGCCCAGCGUUUCUGUUGACCCUCAUGAGGAAAUGCAUUUCCCCAAGACCUACCCAAAGGCCAUCAAUGUCUGCGGUACUUGAGGGAUUGAAAGUGCUGCAGGCACAGUUCCCUGAAGGCGGCCAGAAGCGCUCCAGAGCACAUGCUGGACUUGUUCCGUCAAUACUCAGAGAUGCAGGAUUCAGGGUGAACGAGACACGAUGCAGCGACUGCAGCAACAGCAUUCCGGAGGAAAAAGAACCUUCUUGUAUUGGGACACCAUCUGUGCAAGACGCAAGGAUGAUUCCCAGUCAGGACCCCAUGAGCAGUGGCACCAUUCCAGAGGGCAGCGAGGCAGGAAUGAUGCCGCCUCCUUUCAAUGGGAAGGAGCAGGUGAACCCCUUCAGACUGGUUAGCCCACGGGGAGAGCAAAUGCUUACAAGGGAACAGGCGAACAUUCUCACUCAGUCGUUCGAUGGUACCCAGAGCAUGGUUGGGGCGUUCAAGCUGUGUGGCUUCGGUUGCUUCUUUGAGCGUCGCAAGAAAAAAUAG